UGACCAAUAGAAAGAGAAGAAGAUCCAAGAAAGCUGAGGACAGGAAGCAAACACAGUGGUUAGCAGCCAAAGGGUGUGAAUUUACAGUGAUUUCUAACUGGCUUCAGAUAGCUCCAGGAACUUGACUAACAAGGCAAACAAUGACUCUAAAAGUCUAUACAAGCUUUUUGCUCUUAUUCUUGGUCAAUUCUGUGUGGACUCGAACUGUGAGACAAGUUUAUGAUGAGCUGGAUCCUGGGCACUGGUCUUUCUACACUUCUGAGUGUCCACAAGAGUGCUUUUGUCCUCCUAGUUUUCCCAAUGCAUUAUACUGUGAUAGCAAAGGACUUAAAGAGAUACCUCCAAUCCCAGCAAGAAUUUGGUACCUCUAUCUUCAAAACAAUCUCAUUGAAACAAUUUCAGAGAAGCCUUUUGUGAAUGCCACUCACCUGAGAUGGAUAAAUCUGAACAAGAAUAAGAUCACCAACAGUGGAAUUGAGAGUGGUGUGCUGAGCAAGCUGAAAAGGCUGCUUUACUUAUUCCUUGAAGAUAAUGAAUUGGAAGAGGUGCCUUCCCCAUUACCAGUGGGCCUGGAGCAGCUAAGACUGGCUAGAAACAAGAUCUCCAGGAUCCCAGAAGGAGUCUUCAGCAACUUGGAAAACCUUACCAUGUUAGAUCUGCACCAGAACAGUUUGUUGGACAGCGCUCUUCAAAGUGACACCUUCCAGGGACUCAACAAUCUCAUGCAACUCAACAUAGCAAAAAAUUCACUCAAGAAAAUGCCCUUAAGCAUUCCAGCUAACACACUGCAGCUGUUCUUGGACAACAACUCCAUUGAAGUGAUACCAGAAAACUACUUCAGUGCAAUACCAAAAGUGACUUUCCUUAGGCUGAACUACAAUAAAUUAUCUGAUGACGGUAUUCCCCCAAAUGGGUUUAAUGUUUCAUCUAUUCUAGAUCUACAGCUGUCUCACAACCAGCUCACAAAAAUUCCACCAAUCAAUGCUCAUCUUGAGCACCUUCACCUUGAUCACAACAGGAUCAAAAGUGUCAAUGGUACUCAAAUAUGCCCAGUCUCAAUUGCUCUAGCAGAAGAGUAUGGUUUUUAUGGCAACAUCCCUCGCCUCCGAUACCUUCGUCUUGAUGGAAAUGAAAUUCAACCUCCAAUCCCACUGGACAUCAUGAUAUGUUUCCGACUACUUCAAGCUGUUGUCAUAUAA